AUGAGUGAAAUAGAGCUUCAUAUCGAGAUCAAUGAGGGUAAAUAUGGCAAUCAAUUUGAGUGGCUGGCUGAUAUAGGAGUGGGCAGUUUUGGCAUAGUAGUCAAAGUAACCGACAAAGUGACCGACAAAACACAUGCUAUCAAAAUAUUUCAUGAAAAAAUAAACUCAAAACACAGCGAGUUAUUUAUCAAAGAGCACAGAUAUUUGUCACAAAUCCGAAGUGAUUUUGUGGUUGAGUUCCGGAGCGCAUGGAUUGAGGGCCAGAAGCUGUACAUUCAGACAGAGUUUUGCGACCAUAAUCUACAGGAUAUUAUUAACGCCAAACAGCGACUCUUUAGUACCCCAUCGGCCACACCCGCCGUCUACACCAGCGAUACCUAUCUGUUAGCACUCAUUGAGUACUUUAUUGCCUACGAAUUGUUUGAAGAGUUGACCAGAAGUCUAAACUAUUUGCACACUUUGAGCACAACACUCAUACACCGGGACCUGAAGCCCGAGAACGUACUCGUGCUCAAUGAGGUGCCGGCCGCUGAUGGCCAGCGCCGCCAGUUUCUCAAGAUCUGUGACUUUGGUUACGCCAAACAUCACAAAUACAGCGGUCAGUCGCACACCAACGACAGGGGGACAGUCGACUAUAUGGCACCCGAAGUGAGCAAAAGCACACAUUACGACCAGAAGUCAGACGUCUAUAGUCUGGGCCUUAUAUGCAGCCAAUUAUUUGGUGUCAACACCUAUUCUUUUGAAAAGUCAAUCAAAGGCAAACACACGAGACUACAGGACACGUACCGGUGCCUAAACGAGCCCAUACUGGCAAUGCUAACUGAGCCUCAGUACGAAUUGAGACCGACUACUGGCCAACUGUUGACCACAAUUAGCGCCUGGCGUUUGUCCGCACAGGAAAUGCUGUUAAUAAAGAAAGGGUUGCACACAAUCAGUACGUUUAAUGGCUCUGAGGGCGCAUUUUUCGCCAAUUUUCUGGUCACUAAACUCAAGGCCCGACUCGACGACGAAGAGACUGACCAAUUGGUCGGUUGUGCCGAGACUGACGGUCCCAUUGAGCCAACACUAACACGAAAUAUGAGUUUUACCGAAUAUAAUACUCUGAAUGCGACCGAAGGGGACAUAAUCGAGAUCCGGGCCAAAGGCACGUGUUGUACAAACAUAUGGGGUCUGUAUGUGAGUGACGGGUAUAUCGUAUACGUGUGCCCGGAGUCAAAACGCCUGUUCCACCGCCGGUUAGACAGUGUUUGCUGUGAGGAUAAAAAGAGUUGUCGAGUGAAUAAUUUGGAUGAUAUAUCUGUUCCGAGACAACUGUCCGCCCGAACGGUCGAUACUAUAGUAGCCGAUGCUUUCCAAGCGUUGAGUAAAUACUCGGACAGUUUGCCGACUGAUUGCGGACACAAUCUUCGCAUGCAUUUUGUGACGAAAUGCCGUUUCGGUCGACAUGUGAUAGUACCGUUAAAUGGGGCAAUUAUCAAGACGAUCGAGGGCAAUUUGAACGAUCAAUUUGAAGUGCUGGGCAAAAUAGGUAACGGCAGUUUUGGCAAGGUGGUUAAAGUUAGAGACAAACAAACCAACACUAUAUACGCCAUCAAGAUGUUUUAUCAAGAAAUCAGUGAUAAAAAUAACGAGUCGUUUAACAAAGAGUGUCAGUGUUUGUCACAAAUUCGCAGCGAUUUUGUGGUUGAGUUCCGGAGCGCAUGGAUUGAGGGCCAGAGACUGCACAUCGAGACCGAGUUCUGCGACCAUAAUCUGCGUGAAGUAAUAAACGCCAAAAACCGUCUCUUCAGCCAACCCUCGGUCGACGACACGAGUGUUGUCUAUGUGUUAGCACUCAUUGAUUACUUCAUAGCGUAUGAAUUGUUUGAGGAGUUGACCAAAAGCCUCAACUAUUUGCACACUUUGGACACACCUAUUAUACACCGGGACCUCAAACCCGAGAAUAUACUGGUCGUGAACUCCCUGUGCGGCGCCGGGGGUUCUCUGCGGCGACAGUUCAUUAAGAUCUGUGACUUCGGUUACGCUAAGCCUCACAACUAUAGCGGACAGUCGCACACCAAAGACAAGGGAGACAUCACUUAUAUGGCGCCCGAAGUGGUCCGCAGUUCACACUAUGACCCGAAGUCCGAUAUUUAUAGUUUGGGCUUAAUUUGUGGCGAAUUGUUUGCCGUAAACGCCUAUUCGUUUGAUAAGUCUAUGAAAACCAAACACUUGGAGUUAAAAGAGAAGUACCUGUGCCUACACGAGCCCAUAAUGGAGAUGUUAACUGAGCCCCUAUACGACCAAAGGCCGACCUGCGNAUUCGUAUGCAUUGUUUUUUACUGGUUUGAUAAGUCUAUGAAAACCAAACACUUGGAGUUAAAAGAGAAGUACCUGUGCCUACACGAGCCCAUAAUGGAGAUGUUAACUGAGCCCCUAUACGACCAAAGGCCGACCUGCGCCGAUGUGUUGACCCGUAUGGUUGGCUGGCGUUUGUCGGCCAAUGAGCUGCUGAUCAUACAGGAUAUGUUUGGGACAAUCAAAUCGUUUGAUUCAUUUGACUUGAAAUUUUUUCCAAUCUAUUUGUUGACUAAACUGAAGGCCAGACUCGACGAGUCGGGUCUCAACCCGUCAGGCGAUGAGAUGGACGCCCCGGUUGUGGCACCCCAUCCGACACUCGCGGCCAAACAGUCGUGUGACACAAGUUUCACCGAUUAUAGAGGUCUGGAGGCGUCGGAGGGCGACAUAAUCGAGAUCGUGGGCACCCGUAUGGACUGCUCCACCGUAUGGGGUGUGUAUGUCGGCGACCACUAUAUAGUGUACGUCUGUCCCGACACUAACCGUGUGUUGCGGCAAAAGUUGGACACCGUUUGCCUCAAUAACAACAAGAGUUGUCGAGUGAAUAAUUUGUUGCGAUUCUCGCAGACCAGACAACUGUCCGUCCGCUCCGUCGACACCAUAUUAGCCGACGCUUUGCGAGCGUUGAAUAGAUAUGGAGAGAGUUUGCCGACCGAUAGUCGCGGACAUAAUCUUCGCAUACAUUUUGUGACGAAAUGCCGUUUCGGGCGACAGUAUUGCGAGGCGUGUGUCGGACCAGCGGUCGUACCUAUACUUUAA